GUAAAGAAAUAUGAACAACUUCAAUCUGCUCAUGAAUCAAUAUCAAUUCUUUUUCCUCUCUCAGAUUUUACCUACUAGUCAAACCCAUCAGUUCACUCAUUAACUACAUCAAACCUACCAUUCUCAGAUGUAACCUUACUUUGUUUUACUCAUUUCAAAUUCAUUUCUCUUUCCCUGCCUCAAUUGAUCGGAAGAGAAAUGGCAAGCAACGGCAACAGAAUCAUACAAUCCAAACUGGUGCUUCUUGGGGAUAUGGGAACUGGGAAGACUAGUAUGGUCCUAAGAUUUGUUAAGGGUCAAUUUUUUGAUCAUCAGGAGCCAACUAUAGGAGCUGCCUUCUUCACUCAGAUACUGUCAUUACCUGAAGUAACAGUGAAGUUUGAUAUAUGGGACACGGCUGGGCAAGAGCGUUACCACAGCUUGGUUCCCAUGUACUAUCGUGGUGCAUCGGCUGCUGUAGUUGUGUAUGACAUCUCAAGCGCGGACACGUUUGAACGAGCCAAAAAAUGGGUCCAAGAAUUGAAAAGACAAGGAAACACCAAUUUGGUGAUGGCAUUGGUGGGAAACAAGUCGGACCUUGAACCACAUAGAAGAGAGGUAGAGUUUGAGGAAGGUGAUGAAUUCUCCCAAGAGAAUGAAAUGUUGUUCAUCGAAACAUCAGCUAGAACUUCUCUGAACAUCAACGAGCUUUUCUACGAAGUUGCUAAGAGAUUGGGAAAGACUACUGCUUCACCCGAGCCGAUUGGACUAAUGAAACUGCACAAGGAACCGCAAAAGAAAACAACGUUAUUUUGUUGUUCUGUAGUUCUUUUGCCUCUCUGUAAAGGUCAAAAAGCUUAUUUGGCUUAUCUCUCACUUCUUCAAGAUGAAGAUGAUGAUGAUGAUGAUGAUGAAGAAGAACGAAUAUGGCAAUAG